AUGGAUUACGACGCAGCAGAAUAUCGUAACAUGCUGAUUAUUUACGGCGAGUUCGACCAGAACGCUCGCCGUGCCGCGCGAGAGUACAAUGCUCGUUUUCCGGAACGCAGACCGAUCGUGCAUAGUGUCAUUCUGCGAUUGUUGCAUUGCGCGGGACAAACGGGCCGUCUAGUGCCAGAUAGACACUUAAACGUUGUCGUGGAACGUCGUGUUCGUACGGUGCGCAACGAGGAGGCGAUCAUACGUACAAUAAACGACGCUCCAGAAAUGAGCCAUUUACAACCAGGUGACUACGAUGCAAGACUGCGCUUUUGCACAUGGCUGUUAAAUGAAGAAAACAACCGACCCGGUUUCGCGAGUAACAUACUCUUCACAGAUGAAUCGCACUUCACGCGCGAUGGCGUAUUCAACAUGCGAAACACGCAUCUUUGGGCGGAUGAAAAUCCAAGAGCGUAUCACAUAAGAAAUUUCCAGCAACGAUUCAGCGUGAAUUUGUGGGCUGGUGUGCUGAACGACGCAAUUAUCGGCCCAUUCGAAAUGCUCGCGCGACUGACAGGUCAGUUGUAUGUAGAAUUUCUAGAAAAUGACUUGCCCGGAUUGUUAGAAGAUGUGCCGCUGGAACAACGUAGACAUAUGUUGUUCCAACAUGACGGAGCACCGCCACAUAUGUCGAUUCAGGUGCGCCGCGUGUUAAACGCGAGUUUCGAAAGAAGAUGGAUUGGGCGUGGAGGUCCUGUGAGUUGGUCAGCGAGAUCUCCGGACCUGACUCCGUUGGAUUUCUUCUUAUGGAGUACAAUAAAACAAUAUGUUUAUCGUGAACGCAUCGACAGUCGCGAAGAAUUGCAAAACAAGAUUAUCGAGGCAUUCGCGAUUGUUACCCCAGAAAUGGUGCACAACACGCAGCGGAGUUUGUUGCGACGAGCUAGGCUCUGCAUUGAAUGCAACGGAGGAUAUUUUGAACAUCUGUUAUAA